UAACUUUAUAUCGAUACUUGUAUUUGAUUUGAUGCAUGGUUUUGUCCUAAACCAUUUACUUCAUUUACCCAAAAUUUAUUUAUUACUUGAUCCACAUUGGUUUCCUUAAAAAAAAUACACAUGGUUGCUUCAAUUACAACCGAGAAAAAAGAAAAAAUAAAUAAAAUAAAAUGUAAAAUCCCAAAAUGAUUUGAUUAAUCAAAAGAAAAAAAAUUUGCAGAUCAAAGAAAGAGAAAGCAAGAGCGAAACCACCGCGGAUCACGACAGCUUCUCUAACCCACCAACCAAACUAUUCAUUUCUUUUCUCUCUCCUUUAACUCCAUUUUGAAAUCUUGCAUUUUAAGCUCAAAAUUCUACUGAACUAAAGCAGAAUACUCCAAUUGUCGGCAAGAUAAUUUCCUGCUUUUUUUUGUAACCCAGAAAAAAAGUGAGAAAAAAAGGGGUCAAUACAGUCUUAUAGAGUCAAAUUUCAGUGUAUAAUUUGGUAAAAAAAUUGAUUAAUUUUGAUCAAAAAUUGAGUGAAAAUUAAAGGGUGUUGAAAUUUGCUCAAAUGUUAGUCCAAGAUCGAAUACCCACUAAGGGUUCAGCUCAAAAUCCCCAAAAUUUGACGAAAUCCCAGGUGAGAAAUCUUCCAAGUUUACAUCCUAGUCGAUUUUCUGAGUCAAAAUCCCUAGAUUUUUCGACAUGGGUUUCUGAUAAUUUGUAUAAAAUAUUUGCAAUUUUAGUAUUACUUGCUACUGUUGCUGCUCUUUUCUUCCUUCGUAAUGUUGGUUAUAAUGCCGCACUUGUUUGCUUUGAAAAACAAGCUCAUGAUGUUGAAACCAUACAUUUUCCUAAAGUUGAUUGGAAUUCUAUUAAACCCAACUCUGAUAAGGUCACCCCAUAUUCGAAUUUUCGGGCAGAGAAGUGGAUCAUUGUGUCUGUUUCGGAUUAUCCGAGCGAUUCGAUUAAGGGUUUUGUUAGGAUCAAAGGAUGGCAGGUCCUUGCAGUAGGAAAUGCUAGAACCCCUAAUGAUUGGAGUCUUAAGGGUGCUAUUUUUUUGUCUUUAGAUAUGCAAUCGAAAUUGGGUUUUCGGGUUUUGGAACAUUUGCCUUAUGAUUCAUAUGUUAGGAAAUGUGUUGGGUAUUUGUUUGCUAUUCAGCAUGGUGCUACUAGGAUUUUUGAUGCUGAUAAUAGAGGGGAAGUGAUUGAUGGGGAUUUAGGGAAGCAUUUUGAUGUGGAAUUGGUGGGAGAGCAGGCUAGGCAGGAGAUUAUAUUGCAGUAUACUCAUGAGGAUCCGAACCGAACAGUUGUUAAUCCGUAUGUACAUUUCGGGCAACGUUCUGUUUGGCCUAGGGGUUUGCCUCUUGAAAAUGUGGGUGAAAUUGGGCAUGAGGAGUAUUACACUGAGGUGUUUGGUGGGAAACAGUUUAUUCAGCAGGGGAUCUCUAAUGGUCUUCCUGAUGUAGAUUCGGUUUUCUAUUUUACUAGGAAAUCAGGGUUGGAAGCAUAUGAUAUUAGGUUUGAUGAGAAGGCUCCAAAGGUUGCCUUACCACAGGGUAUGAUGGUGCCUCUAAAUUCUUUUAAUACAUUGUAUCAUACUUCGGCAUUUUGGGGUUUGAUGCUUCCUGUUUCUGUCAGUACUAUGGCUUCUGAUGUGUUGAGAGGUUAUUGGGCUCAGAGGCUUUUGUGGGAGAUUGGAGGCUAUGUGGUUGUUUACCCUCCAACAGUUCAUAGACAUGAUAGAAUUGGGCCAUACCCUUUCGCAGAGGAAAAAGAUCUCCAUGUGAAUGUUGGUCGUCUGUCUAAGUUUCUGGUUUCGUGGAAAUCACACAAUAACAGACUGUUUGAAAAAAUAUUAGAGUUGAGUUUUGCUAUGGCUGAAGAAAGAUUUUGGACUGAGAAAGAUGUGAAAUUUACAGCUGAUUGGCUUCAGGACUUGCUUUCUGUUGGAUACCAGCAGCCAAGGCUAAUGUCUUUAGAAAUCAAUCGGCCACGGGCAGCUAUUGGCCAUGGAGAUAGAAAGGAAUUUGUCCCUAGAAAGCUACCCUCUGUGCACCUCGGGGUUGAGGAGACAGGUAGUGUGAACUACGAAAUUGGGAACUUGAUUCGAUGGAGAAAAAACUUUGGAAAUAUCGUGCUAGUUAUGUUUUGCAGUGGCCCUGUUGAACGUACUGCCUUGGAAUGGAGAUUACUUUAUGGUCGAAUCUUCAAAACUGUCAUCAUUUUAUCAUCACAAAAGAAUGAAGAUCUUAUCGUUGAUCAAGCACAGUUGGAUUAUGUGUACAAGCAGCUUCCUACGAUAAUGAAUAGAUAUUCAAGUGCUGAAGGAUUUCUUUUUCUCCAAGAUAAUACCAUCCUUAACUAUUGGAAUCUAGUACAAGCUGACAAGAAUAAGCUUUGGAUCACUAACAAGGUAUCAAAGUCAUGGACUCCUGUCUCAAACAACAAUGGUGAUUGGUUCUCCAAACAAGGAGAAAUGGUAAAGAAGGUUGUUGAGACAAUGCCAGCUCACUUUCAAGUAAAUUACAAGGAAGCUGCAAAGAGCAAUCAGGGCUUUGUGGUAUGCAGUUCAGAGCUAUUCUUUGUUCCGAGGAGUAAUGUAGAAGACUUCAUUGAUUUAGUUGCUUUGGUAGGCGACUUGGAAAUGCAUCACAAGGUUGCAAUACCCAUGUUCUUUCUGGCAAUGGAUUCACCUCAGAAUUUUGAUCCAAUAUUCAGCACCAUGGUUUAUAAAAAGAAACCACCAUCAGGCAACACAACCUUGUAUUCUGCUCAAGCACCGGCCAUUCACCCCUGGAGUGUAUCAAGUGAACAAGAAUUUAUCAAGCUUAUUAGAGUAAUGGCUGCUGGAGAUCCUCUUUUGAUGGAAUUGGUUUGACGCGAAGAACAUUUUUAUUCUUUUGCCAUUCAAGUCAGAAACAAGUAAAAAACAGUAAGUAGAAAAGCAUAUGUAACACUGUCAAUGAACACUUCUUCUGUUUUUAGUUCUUUUUCCUGCCCUCGAAGGGGGAGGAGUUUUUGUAAAAAAAAAUUCCUUAUAUGAUUCAAAUUCAGUGAGUGAAUAUUCCAAAGGAAACAAGAGGAAUUCUGUUCAUUCUUUC